GAGGACAGACGUAAGUUCGAUGACUUCUUAGCAGAUCGAGACUAAAAUCCAUGAACCUGAGGCUGAAAGACACCUGUUCGACUUUCGUUCAAUCGAGAUACCCAUCACCUGUGGCAACAUUCCCAAGCCCACGGACGCCGUAGGGACGUCCCGCCAUAACACUGUCACUCUUGCGCAUAGCCGUUUCGAUGAGGACGUCCUCUUCGGAUGUUUGGCUUAUCCAAACGCCGUCACAAGGACCCUAUACUCUUGCCUCAUGGGAAACUCUUCAUUCGCCGAGGCCUUGGACCGCAUUGACGCUCCAUCACAUAAUCUCAGGCAUCCUAAAGUUCGAGUGAAUACUUUCCGGAGCUCCUCCGACAAAGCGUUGCGUCUGCAGCGGAAGUGGUUUCAUUGGAGUGACGGGAAGUUGAAGGAGCAGAGAGACACUAUGAGAAAGCCGAAACUGGAUGUAUGGUUUCCUGAACGGGCCUGGUGGAGAUGAUGCUCAGUCGGAGCAGACAUGGCAAGGAGGCAAGGAAUUCUCCCUUUGGGCAAGCUGUGUGCCUGACAUAGCUGCCGCGGACCAGUCAACCAAAUGAUGGGCCUCGUUACUCAACUGGAACUUUCUUUCACCUUACGCUUCCGUAUGUCCACGAGCACAAUCACCAAACCCGACUCCCGCAUCUUCGCUCGACCUCCAGCUACAAGAAGUUCGAACGAGUUGCUUCCGUGCUCAAAGCCCAUGAGCUU